AUGGUUGUUCUCUCUGAACUUUCAAAACGAUCUUCAUCCUCUUCAUCAACUCAUGGUCAUAUAUAUGACGUAUUUUUAAGUUUUAGAGGUGUUGACACACGUCAUAGUUUCACUAAUCGCCUUUAUAACGCCCUCAUGGAUGCCAAUAUCACUACCUUUUUGGAUGAUGAAGAGAUUGAAACAGGGGAAGAUCUGAAACCAGAAUUGGAGAGUGCGAUUAAAGCAUCUAGGGCUUCUAUUAUCGUAUUGUCGAAGAAUUAUGCUACUUCAACAUGGUGUCUUGAUGAAUUGAUGCUAAUCCUUCAGCAACAACGUGUGACAUCCAACUAUAUUGUAAUCCCUAUCUUUUAUCAUGUCGAGCCCACCCAUGUUAGGAAGCAACAAAGUAGCUUCGGAGAUGCAAUGGCUAAGCAUAGAGAGAAGAUGCAUGCAGAGACAAAUUCACGUAAAAAAAGUCAAUGGGCUCAAAAGAUAGAGCUUUGGAAUAAUGCACUUAGAGAAGUUGCUAAUUUAAAAGGGAAGGAUGCAAAUGGCAGGUUUGAGGUAGAGUUUAUUGAUGAAGUUGUUAAGGACAUCUUUCGUAGAUUACGUAUAUCUUCAAGGUUUCCACUACCACAACUUAUUGGGAUGGAGGAUUCCAUUAACUUCGUCACUUCAUGGUUGAAAGAUGUAUCCUCAUGUACAACUGAUAUACUCAAUAUCUUGGGUAUGAGUGGGAUCGGGAAGACAUCUUUAUCUAAAUAUGUAUAUGCAUUACAUUCUCAUGAAUUUGACACAAGCAGCUUCAUUGAAGAUAUUAGUAGGAAAUGUGAUGAAAAAUAUAAUGGGGUGCUUGAUGUACAAAAACAACUAUGUGAUGACAUUUCAAAACCAAGUUCUAUUCAAGUUCUUGAUGAUUCUAUAUACACCUCAAUGAUAGAGAAUGUAGUGGCCCGUAAAAAGGUGUUUCUAGUUCUUGAUGAUAUUGGUAGUCUCGAUCAAUUAGAUGCGUUACUUGGAAGUAAAGGUUUUCAUCCUGGAACCAAAAUCAUAAUAACAACAAAAGAUGCAUGGUUGACAAAAAGUUGUUCAUUAUUCAAAACGAACUUUAAACCUAAGUAUGCACAAUACAAGCUUGAAGGCUUAUCUAAGACUGAAUCACAAAAACUAUUGUGUUAUCAUGCAUUUAUGCGCAAUGAUCCUGAGGCAGGUUAUGAAGAGGUCUCAGAAAAACUUGUGAAGUAUUGUGAAGGACAUCCAAUGGCUCUUAAAGUUUUGGGUAGAUCUCUACAUAAUCGAGAUGUGACUUAUUGGGAGGGGUGCAUAGAUACACUAAAGAAAGAAAAUGAUUCACCUAUAAAUAAUGUCUUGAAAACGAGCUUUGACUCGUUGUCAUCAAAAAAUGAAAAGGAUUUGUUUAAGCAUAUUGCUUGUAUUUUUGUUGGAAUGGAUAGAAAUUAUACCAUAACAAUAUUAGAGGCAUGUGAUAUGGAAACAACAACUGGGAUCACUAAUCUCAUCGACAAAUGCCUUCUUAGUAUUGGAUGGAAUAAUGAAUUGAUGAUGCAUGAGUUGGUUCAAGAGAUGGGAAGAUUUGUGGUACGUGAGGAAUCAAUUAACAAGCCUUGGAAACGAAGUCGAAUAUGGGGCUAUGAGUCAUUUGAAGUGUUGAAACAAAAAAAGGGUACGGAAAAUGUUCUAGGCCUCACCCUUGACAUGGAAAUGCUUGAGAAAGAGAAGUUACAUGGACCAAUCGAGUUGAAAACAGAUGCAUUGAGUAAGAUGGAUAGAUUAAUGCUUUUACAACUCAAUUAUGUGCAAAUAACCGGCUCUUACAAGAACUUUCCAGAAGAAUUAAGAUGGUUGUGUAUGCAUGGGUUCCCGUUGAAGUCUCUACCUUCAGACUUACCAAUGGAGAAUGUGGUUGCACUUGACAUGUCAUAUAGCAAUAUUGAAUCAUUUGAGAUUUGUUAUCACUAUCCAGAACGACUUCAUAAGAGGCCAAAGCAAUUAAUUGGAUCGUGCUCAAAAGAUAAAUGUUUGCUUGGAUCGUUGAAGAUUCUUAAUUUAAGUUUCUGUGAAGAGCUUCAGAGUCUUCUUGGUUUUGACCACAUCCCUAAACUUGAGAGAUUAAUACUUAAAGGUUGUAUUGGCAUGCUUGAUGUUUGUGAAUCACUUGAGCAAUGUCUUGAACUUGUUUUCGUUGAUCUAAGCUACUGCAACAAGCUAGGAAAACUUCCAAGCAUCAUAGGCAUGUUGAAGAAGGUUGAAACACUUUUGCUAGAGGGUUGUAAUCUUGGUGAAUCUAGAAUAGAAAUUGUAGGUAUGGAUUCACCAGAAAUAAGCAAGGCUAACAAAAUUGGCAUAAACACAAUAACUUCUUCCUCCACUGUUUUGGAGGCUAUACCAAGUUAUUCAAAGUUAUUUGCGAUUUCUUUACCGAGAUAUUUAGUAAGCCUAUUACUUAAGAAUAAUAAUCUGUCCAUUGAAUCUUUUCCAUUGGACUUCAGUUGCCUAGCCAUGUUAAAGGAAUUAAAUCUAGAUGAAAAUCCUAUUGUUUCCCUACCUAGUUGUGUGAGAAGCCUUCCUAGGCUUCAGACACUUGGUAUGAAAAAUUGUAAUAUGCUUAUGUCAGUCGAGCAUCCUCCACAUACACUCACCCAUUUGAACCUUGAUUCUCAUUCUAAUAAUCCUUUGCUACAAAAAGUUCUAUUUGAUCAAAAAAUGUCCCCACUCCAGUUCUUUCUAGGACGUAUGAUCUUGGCACUUUCAUCGUUUGAAUUUGAAGGUAUGGUCAAAAUCCAACCAAUGGCAGCUAUUGACGAAAAGGUAUUACAUUGUUUGGGCUGGACUAACCUAGACUUCCUUAAUGGAAGCCACACGACAACUUCUGUUGAAUAUAGAGAAUCAGAGGAAUCUGAGAUACAGAUGUAUUAUGAAUUUGGAAUAUUCAGCACAAGUUAUUGGGGUAAAGAGAUGCCGAAUUGGAUAACAGAUAAAAGCAUUGGGCCAUCAAUAUCAUUUACAGUCCCAUUAUCUCCGAAGAAGCUCACAGGAUUAAAUUGCUGCUGUAUGCUGACAAAAUUAGGAGAAGGUAGUGUAUUCGAUACUGAUGGAGAGUGUGUGUCAUUGUUAAGUCAUUGGAUGUUUGGGAUGAAUGAGAUGGAAUAUGGUGACCACAUUACUAUUAAUAUCCUGAGGGAGAAACCAGAUGUUUUUUCUUAUAAAUUUAGAAUUGAGUGUGGGGUGAGUUUUGUGUAUGAUGAUGAAGACAUAGAUAAAGAAGAAGAUGUGUUGAGUUAUUACAAGUCAUGGAAUCACAUCAUUGGUGGAGAUCUUUCUGGAUUUCAGUUAACAACCGGAGAAUACAUCCUAAGAAAAGAUCGAAUGUUGCGGUCUUUCAUGGAUAUAGAUUAUUUGUGUGGAGAUGGUGCCCAAUUUAAAGAUGAGAAAGUGGAUUUCAUAGCUCUCUCUCAAAGGAACUCUGGACACCAACAAAAAUCACAACGUAGCAUGUGUGUUCCAUCUCCUACAGUUCCCAGUCCUCUUGUUUGUUCUGUUUUGUGGAGACAAUAUGUGUGCAUGCUGGUGUUGGAAUUCAUCAACAUGAGGGAGUGUGUUUAUAGUACUCAUGAGAAUGAUAUGGAAGUCCAAUGGAUUAGGAUUACUGAAAGGAUGAAACACAUAUGUCAAUAAAUUUGUCAACGGAGCCUGGUAUGGAAGUUCAAUGGAUUGGUCAAAGGAUGAAACACAUAUAUAUCAAUGGAUUGGUCAAAUGACGAAACAUAUAUGCCUUUGUUCUUCAUAUUUUUUUUCCAAACACAUAUCUAUAUUGUUUAAUGUGAAGGAUGAAACACAUAUGUCUUUGUUCUUGAUAAUUUUUCCCUAUUGAAUAUGGUAAUUGGUAAAUAGGAAAUAGUGGAAAGAAUUAAGACAAUUUAAAUUGUUUUUUUAGUGUUUGUUGUCAUUGUUUUGGUGUGGUUUUUGUAACACUUAAUACAAGAUUUGUUCAUCAAUCAUCAUAUGUUGUAAAUUUUUGUAAUUUUGAAACAGUUAGAAACCGUAUAUUACUAAUAUGUAUAUCUUUAUUGGAG